AUGCGACUAUACUUAGUUGUGCCACCUCUUGCACCAAGUCGUACAACGUUGAACAACACUAACACGAUGGUCGCCCGACCGAUGGCAUCAUGGGGAGGUGGAAAGGAUUCUACAAGCGGCUACUUUCUGGCAGGUCGAAAUAUGCCAUGGUGGCUGGUUGGGCUUUCCUUAUACGUCACCAACAUUGGUAGUUCAUCUUUCAUUGGUAUGGCAGGAACUGCUGCGGUGUCUGGUAUUGCAGUCAUCGCUUAUGAAUACUAUGCAUUGGUCUGUUUGCUGCUCCUUGGUUUUGUGUUCAGUCCGGUUUAUUUUGCUUCAGAGAUAUCGACGGUGCCGCAAUAUCUAAAGAAACGUUUUGGAGGAGACCGGUUGCAAACUUUCAUCUCAGUCAUUAACCUCAUCGUUGCUGUUGUUAUGAUGCUAGCGGGUGAAAUGUAUGGUGGUACGAUUGUAAUCCAGACCGCUCUUGGAUGGAACGUGUAUACGUCUGUGAUCUCUCUCCUUUUAUUGACGCCUUUGACGGCUAUAUACACGGUAGCUGGUGGUAUUAAGGCCGUCAUCUAUACUGACGCUCUCCAGGCCGUCAUCAUGAUCAUUGGUGCUUUUGUUCUUAUGGCAAUAUCGAUAGCAGAGAUUGGUGGCAUCGGAAACCUUCGUUUACUUUACAUGACUGCUAUACCAAACACCACCCAGAUCUAUGGCAAUACAACAUGUGGGAUCCCACAAGAGGAUACAUGGCAUAUCUUCAGGGAUGCCAAGUCGGGUGAUAUUCCUUGGCCAGGGCUCGUCUUCGGUAUCUUCAUACUAGGACUCUACUUCUGGUGUUCCAACCAGGUCAUUGUUCAACGGACUCUCUCUGCAAAGAAUGUAACCCAUAGCAAAGCGGGAUGUAUCCUGACUGGAUAUUUCAAGAUCCUACCUAUGUAUCUAAUGAUCUGGCCUGGGAUGAUAAGUAGAUCACUUUGGCCUGAUGAAGUGGCGUGUGUGGAGCCGGGGAUAUGUGAAAAAGUAUGCAGUAAUCCAGCUGGUUGCGGGGACAUCGCCUACCCAAAAUUGGUGGUCAACCUCAUGCCAACUGGUGCUAAAGGACUGAUGUUGGCUGCGAUGUUAGCUGCAUUGGUCAGUACUCUAACAUCAAUCUUCAAUGCAGCUAGUUCGAUGUUUGUUCUGGACAUUUGGGUGAAGGUUCGUCCAACCUCUACAGAAUUAGAGAUGGUUAUCGUUGGAAAGCUGUGUACAAUUAUCUUCAUGAUCGUAGGGGUUCUAUGGCUACCGGUAAUCCAAUCCUAUGGUUCUGGAGGAAUAGUCUACUAUGUUCAAUCUAUCUUGUCUUACCUUUCACCGUCAGUCUUCGCAGUCUUCACAGCAGCUAUUGCAUGGUCCAGAGUCAACGAAAAGGGUGCUUUCUGGGGUUUGGUGAUUGGCUUUGCAACUGGUUUUACCCGGGCGAUCAUGGAGUUCGUCUAUGGCAUACCAACCUGCCUCGAUGAAGACACCAGACCAGACGUCCUCAAGAACUUUCAUUUCCUACACUUUGCAGCAUUCCUAUACGCGUUCACGCUCAUCCUGAUUGUCUGUAUCAGUCUUAUGACCGACCCGAUCCCACCGUCAAAGUUGGUUAGAUUGACUUUCUGGACCAGACACUCGACACUUCCACGGGAGCCGAUGUCAAAGGAGGAGGAAGAAAGAGAGAAGGAAUACGACGCAGUUAGGAAAGGAAAAAAAAUUGAGUCUGACCUAAAGUACAAGAAUCGAACUGGAUUAAAAUGGAAAGCUUGGUCCAUCCUUUGCGGCAUUAGCGGCUCACCAAUGGACGAGGAUGCCGAAAUAGAGGCAGAGAAGCAAACUAAGGCCGUAGCAGAGAAACAAGCAUUGGCUGCUGAUGACCCAAAGUGGGAAAAAUUUGUAGCUGUCAACGGUGUUCUCUUGGCUGGACUUUGCGUCUUUGUAUUUGGAUAUUAUGCUUAGAUCGUUUUGUUUUAGUUAUGUGCAUACAAAGUAUUUGAAUUGUUAGUAACCUUUACCAAGGGGGGCAGGGGUUUGUUGCACUUCCAUGCCUAUGAUUUUUCAAGCAGUG